GCUCCACACGGUGAUGCAUCGAGAUCACAAUCAGACAAUGGCACGUUCAUCUGCUUUGAUCACAUCAAAUUCAUCGUUGGCAACGCUAAACAGGCUGCCUACUGGUACUGUAUUAACUUUGGCUUCGAGCCAUUUGCAUACCGUGGACUAGAAACCGGUAGCCGUCAAAUUGCUCAGCAUGCCGUCAAACAAAACAAGAUAAUUUUCGUUUUUGAAUCGGCUCUUCUACCGAAUAACAAGGAGCUCGGUGAGCAUUUGGUUAAACACGGUGAUGGAGUCAAAGACGUUUGUUUUGAGGUGGAUGACGUCGAGACGAUCGUCAAGCACGCAAAGAAAGGCGGUGCAAAGGUCGUGAAAGACGUGACCGAAGAAUCAGACGAACACGGUAUCAUCAAGUAUGCAGUUCUGCAAACGUAUGGCGAUACCGUACAUACCUUACUCGAGCGGAAAAACUAUCGAGGAAUUUUCUUGCCAGGAUUCAAGCCUCACCCUCUGGAGAAAACUUUCUUCCAAUCUCUUCCUCGGGCCGGCCUAAACUUCAUCGAUCACUGUGUUGGCAAUCAACCAGAUCUUCAAAUGAACACUGCUGUCGAAUGGUACGAGAAAGCGCUGGGUUUCCAUAGAUUCUGGUCCGUAGACGAUUCAAUGAUCCAUACCGAAUAUUCGGCAUUACGGUCCAUUGUCGUUACCAAUGAAGACGAAACAAUCAAAAUGCCCAUCAAUGAGCCGGCCAUGGGCAAGAAAGCCGUUUCACAAAUACAGGAAUACGUCGAUUACUAUGGAGGUGCAGGAGUACAGCAUAUUGCUUUGAAUACCAGCAACAUCAUCACAGCCAUAGAAGCACUUCGAGCACGAGGCGUCGAGUUUCUCAGCAUACCCAAAUCGUACUACGAAAAUCUGAGACAUCGGUUGAGCGAGAGCAAGACUAAGGUGUGUUACAUUGGGUAA